GUCGCAGUUUGAUUACUUACCGAAAUCUAAUCUCGAGCAUACAGCAUUUGUGCAUAAGAACAUUCAGGACUGCCAACUUCGAAAAACAGUUGGCCUGAAGAAAUCCCUAACCCUAGUGUCAUUACAAAAAGGCGGGAAAGGAAUAGACAUUUUAGGCGUUUUCACCGUGAUCAAAGUGUUGGUAGGAUUUGCAAAACAAAGAUUUUUUGUCCAAUGUGUGGGGAUGAACUAGAGAGAAAUUUGAAAUCCCACGAAGAACUCAAAACUCAGCUUGAAAUAAAGCAUAAUAUAACAUUAGAGGUAGAAGAAUUGAUACUAAGUCAUGAAGAUUUUAAAAAUUGGAUUUGCGACGAACGAAGAGAUGUUAAAUAUAUUAGUCGAAAGCAAAAGAAAGAUGUGCGUUACCGCUAUCAGCUGAUAUAUUAUAACUGCAACAGAAGCUACAAUGGCUAUGAAAGUAAAGCGUUUAAGAGAUUUCCAAAGGCAGGGGGUAGUAAGAAAAUCUGUGGUACUUGUCCAUCAAGAAUCACUGCAAAAAUUUUUGAUGAAGGAACAGUGAAAAUUAAAUAUAUAAAAACACAUGUAGGACAUGAAGAUGAGCUGAGAUAUCAAGGGUUGACAAAAAAUGAAAAACAAGAAAUUUAUUCAAAAUUGAAGAAUGAAGUAUGUAAAAAGAGAAUAUUAGAAGAAGCUCGGACCAUUAAAGGGAAUAAAUUGGAAAGACUACACUUACUAACAAAAAUGGAUUUGAGAGACAUGAGUCGAAGUUUAUCAAAAACUAGAAAUGCUGAUGAUAUGGCUGCAACACACAAUAAAGGUUUUCCAUGAAUGGAAUCAAAGUGGCCAAAAUUAUGGGUUUUUAUUUAAACAAAUUGGGGAAAGGCAUUCCAUUCUUGGAAAUGAAGAUUUUGCAGUGGGCUUUAUGAACCAGGUGAUGGAAUCUAAAUUGAAACAAUUCACAAAUAUUAUUUGUAUGGAUGGGACGCACAACACAAAUAUUAGAGGAUGGGAGUUAACAACAGUUUUAGUUAAAGAUGAUAGGGGUGUUGGUUUUCCCGUUGCAUUUUUAGUGUCUAGUAGAAAAUAUCAGUUAAUUUUUGAAAUUUUUUUAGAUGCUUUAAAGAAAAAAGUUGGUGAAAAAUUAUGUCCCACCUAUUUUAUGACAGAUGAUGACCCAAAAUAUUAUAAUGCAUGGAUAAACGUUAUGGAAACAAAACCAAGACAUUUAUUGUGUAGUUGGCAUAUUAGAAAAAAUUGGAACAUUCAAGCAAAAUUAAAAAAUACAGAAUUGAAGAAAAAUAUGAAGACCGAGAUGGGAAAAAUUUUAAAGGAAACAAAUGAAGAUAAAUUUAAAGAGCUAUACGACAGUUAUUUUCAGAUACUUUUUGAAGCGGGGGAAAUUAAUUUUUUGAAUUAUUUAAAAAAACAUUAUUUUCGGAAUAUGGAACGUAUUAAAAUGUGGGCUCACUGUUACAGACUAAAUGCUGGGAUUAAUACAAAUAUGGCAAUUGAAAGUCUGAACAAAUUUAUUAAAUAUGAUGAGUUGAAUAAGAAGAGAAAUAAUACAAUAGAGAAGUUAUUGGAAAUGUUAGACAGAGUAGUGGAAGACAAGGAAUGGAACAGAAUAAUAGAAACAGAAAGACCUUCUACAGAAACGUAUCAAAGCAGAAUUGUAAGAGACAGACAUAGAAAAGCAGAAAAUUUACAAAAUAUGGUGGAGGAAGUUGGUUUUGGAGAGUUUUCAGUAAGAUCUAAUUCCAGUAAGAUUUAUAAGGUUGUGCAUGGAGACAGAGUGUGUAGAAAUGAUUGUAGGCUCAUGUAUUGUGUAGUUUGCCAAAUCUGUUUGCAUCAUUACAAAUGCCAGUGUCCUGAGUUUAUGGUAAAAAAUAACAUGCAUAUGGUUGCUUUGUUUGAAAGGGAACGGUAUGAAUGUGGGUUAGGGCAGACUAAAGACACUUUUACAGAUAUAGAAGAACAUAAUUAUUGGAAAAGAGUAUUAAUGGAAACAGAAAAUGAACACAAUCAUUGUGAUAUGCACAAAAAUGAAGAAAUAAAAAUGUUAAUAGAAAAUAAUCAGCAAACACCGUUGCCUUUGGAUGAUGAAACUUUUCGAAAAUUAAAGCAGGAGUCACUUAAUAACACUUUGAAUGCACUUAACAUAGAUGAUUUUAAAGAACUGAUGAGCAAUAUUGAUGGAUGGUUAAGAAAAAAAAAACGAGAAGACUUUAACAAAGAAAAGAGUGCAAGAGACGCAGCAAUAUUAUCCCGUAAGUGAACAAAUAUGAAGCACCACUAGAGAAAUGAGUGGAUUUUUGUAACAUGGGUUAUUAAUAGGUUCUCAUAGAAUCACCUUUAUAAAUAAUAGGAUGAAAAUUUUAUUUCUACAAUUUAGUAAUUAUAAUUUUUAUUACUGCUACUAUUACUAUGUAUUUUUCUGUUAGGUAAAGAUGAAUUCUGUUGUUGUAUUUUUUGUUGAUUCAGAUUAUUUCUAUAAAGCAAAUACACAUUUUUUACAAAUACAUU